GCAUGAACUAACUUUUUGAGACAGUAUCUGUUCCCAGAUGUCUAAACGGUUCGUGGUCGUUGGUUUGGCCCCCAUCUGUCCCGCUUGACGUGCAGUAUCACCCUCGCUGUUUUAGUGGCAGCCUGGGAGCCUUGCUACGAAGACGCUGCCUUAUUCAGCUGCAAAGUACUUAUACAUGAACUCACUACCUACUCUAGAUUCUCAGCUUCUUCCAUGUCAAGCUAUAAAAUCCCCAUUAGAUUCUUCUAAGGACAUCUCGGCGGUUGAAAAUUGAGUGGUACACCUCUGUGUCGCCCUCAAAAUGAGUCGCGGACUCGACCCUGAUAUCCACGCGAUAUUCCCUACAUCUUGCUGGAAAGAAUGCGACACUGCCCAUGAGCUCGUUCGAAAAAACAGAAACACUCCUGAACUGUGCAACUCAACCACUCAGUUUGAGUUCCAUUACAAACAAUGUCAUAUUUGUGUUUUGGGCCAAGACAGAAUAUACUGUAACGUCGGAGCCUGCACAUAUUGUUCAGCCGAUGGUUGCUGGGCUGGAACAGCUUUCCAAUACAACCUAAAUAAUCCCGAUCCGGGACUGAAGGCAAUCUUUGAUGAAUCAUUGAAGUACUGCAAUCUUUCCCAGCCACUACUCGACUCGCCCCCAUUCAUUGUUCAAUUACCGACCGAGACAGCUUUGAGCACCAUCACGUACCCUGCUACAUCAACAACAGCAACGACCUCUGACUGGAAAACAACAAGUGAAGACAACCCCCCUACUCACGCUGUUGAUAAUGAACAGAUCGACAACCAUCAAGGGAGAGACAACCAAGAUCUUGGUAGCGGUCAUCUUUCCUCCCUGCAACUCAUAGGAAUAAUAUCUGGUGCCGGAACCGUUUUUGUUCUGUUGCUGGCUGCACUGGCGUGUUGGAAGCUGGCAGGCUACCGUCGACGAGCAUCACAGCUCAGCAAGAAAGAACAGGCUUUGAACGAAAUAGAAUCACAAGGGACACAGAAACUGAAUGGAAUCUCUAUCAACGAAUUAGACGACCCCCCGGCACCUAGAAUCGAGAUGGAUAUUGAACCGGGGGUUUGCGAGAUGGAGGUGAUGUUUCCACGCGCCGAACUGAGUGAAAGGUCUGGAUAUGAAGAGUUAGAGGUGAUUUAUGGACAAGAUCGAAGACAAGAAAACCCCAAGCCAGCCAGGGGGAAGAGGCGAGCUCCUGAUAAAAGCGAAAGCAAGUUCGUUGAGAUGAGCGGGGACCCGGUUAUAGGCAGCUAAAGAAUUCAUCUAGCUAGGCUGGUUCGAAACGAAGCUGCGCAAAGUUUAGAGAGAUGGUACGGGAGAUAGCGAGGCAGAAGAGACGUGAUAUUUCCCACCACCACAAUGUUAAUAUAAAGAGUACAUGCUG